CUCCUGCUCCUGUGAGUAUAUAAGCUAAGCACAGGUCGAUGUAGCUUAUCAUAUCCCUUAGUUACUCUCUCGUGUCAACCGCUCAACAUGAACACUGCCACCUUCUUCAUCGUUCUAGUGGGGGUAGCGGCCGCCCUCGCCUUCCCUGAGCCCGAUAAGAAGGCGUCGACUCGUCACUUCGGGGGACACAUCGGUCAGGCUGGAAGCUUCGGUGGACUCGGCUCAUCCGGUGUCUAUGGCUCAAACCAAGCCCACGUCUCACCCUAUGGCUACGGCUCAUCCCAUGGCUUUGCUUCAUCCCAAUCCCAUAUCUCACCCUUUGGCUCCGGCUCAUCCCAUGUCCAUGUCUCACCCUUUGACUCCGGCUCAUCCUUCAGCUUCGGCAACCCUGGUUACGGGUCCUACGGCUCAUCAGGCAUCGGAUCAAGCUACGGACUUGGCAGCAGCGGCAUUGGAUUUGGCAGCAGCGGCAUUGGAUUUGGUAGCCAAAGCAACAUCGGUCUGGGUGGCCUUAGUCACAGCUUCCAGCUCCCCGGCCUGAGCUAUAGCUCGUCCCUCGGUAGCGGAUAUAGUUUUCCCCAAGGCAGCUCUGGUAGCAGCUACUACAACAGCAACAGCUACAAUCCCUACAACACCUUCGGAUACGGUGGAUACGGCCGUUAGGACUCAACUCCCAUCCUCCCUCCAUCCAUACAUUCUACUCAGCGUGUGACAGUAUCAUUGCUUCGCCAUUUAUUUAUACCUUCACACUCAUCAAUUAAGAUGUUCAUACGACGCAUGUAAUAUAACAUUCAUGCAUUAAAUUAUCUGUAAAACGA